ACCAGAUCUCCCUUCUGUAGCAUCACAGGUCGAAUUGUGCCACCAUCAAUCUUGGUCAAUCUUAAGCCCCCCCAUGAAGAACCAUUGAACUCAAUUUCAUCUACCAUCCACCGUCCAUCGUCCACCGUCCACCACCCUUUUUACCUUGACACCUUGAUUGUCUUCUGACACAUCCCGACUGACCGCCGUCCGAGUUCCUUGAUUAUAUCUAUUAUCUAGAUCCCCUCUUUUGCCAUUUGUUUGCCGCCCACCAUGGCGGCAUGAUGGAACUUAUCCAACGCUCCAUCCCCGGUCAUAUCGCAGGCGAGCAGGCUCCGCCCGUCACCACCAAGUCCGACUCCCAGGGAACCAUGGCGGGCUCUGCCAUGCUCACCUUCUUCCAGACCGUCGUCCUCCCUAUGCUCAUCUCCGCCGCACUCUACCUAAUCAUCUUCCACGCUCUACUACCACUCUACCGCCGACACCGCGCGAGGUACUCGCAAUAUCUACCCCUACAAUCCAGCAGCUUCGCCUCUCAUCUACCAGAGGCCCUGCAACCAUCAACUCUGCGCGACCGAAUGUCAGUCCUUUUCUUUCGCCUUUUCCUACCCUCCACCUGGGCGUUUCGGAACCGAUUCGGCCGUAGGGAUAGUAUCAUAAGUGCAGAUGGAGAACUGUUUGAUGAGGAAUCUGGCGAGGCCAUGGUCGGCUUUGAUGUACAAGAGCGCAAUCGCAGACGAGAUGGCAUGGAGCGCCAGGUCUCAGACAUGAACGCCGCCGCCAGGACCGUGGCUCGCUCCCAACGGCGCGAUCCUGCAGACUUGAACCCCAGGCUCAGUCGUGAGCUGGAGGAAGGCUUUAGAGACGACAGUGAGGAUGAGGGUCAAGAUCAGUCCCCCAAUCCCACGGCACAGAGAAACACUGUUGUGACGCGCCCAUGAUCAUCUUCCCUCCGUCAGAUACACAAAAUGACAAACCAUUGGUUCAUGCCACCUUCGCAAUUACCAAUACCCUCUCCCAUCCAUGUGUAUUACCCGUCGACCCGCCCAUACUUGGACGUUCCCCUCUGUUCCAAGUAGAUCCUCGAGUAAAGUGCCCAUCCUCCUGCAUCUCA